CGGUUUGUAUGUGAUUUGCGAGUGCACGUGUACAUGAUCCUUGAGUUACAAUUGCAAUUACAUUUUAAGUCGUUGUUUUAUUUUAAAAGUGUAAUAUUUUAUCAUUGACUAAAUUGCUAAAUCAACUACAAUUACCUGUUGUUUCUACAUAACAAAAUGGUGGGUUCUCGUGUCUAUGUAGGUGGACUGCCAUUUGGUGUGAGAGACAGAGACUUGGAAAAGUUUUUCAAAGGCUUUGGCAGAAUUAGAGACAUCCUUAUCAAGAAUGGCUAUGGUUUUGUGGAGUUUGAAGAUUACCGAGAUGCAGAUGAUGCGGUAUAUGAACUAAAUGGCAAAGAGCUACUUGGGGAGAGGGUGGUGGUGGAGCCGGCGAGAGGCAUCGACCGCAGCGCCGACCGUUACCGCCGCGACCGCUACUACGAACGCGACCGCGGCCGGUCGCGAUACGAUGACUACAAUUAUAGAUACGGGCCGCCCACGCGCACCGAGUACCGACUCAUCGUCGAAAAUCUGUCUAGCCGCAUUAGCUGGCAGGACUUGAAGGAUUACAUGCGUCAGGCUGGGGAAGUGACGUAUGCCGACGCCCACAAACAGCAUAGAAAUGAAGGUGUGGUCGAGUUUGCCACGCACUCUGACAUGCGGGCCGCUAUCGAGAAGCUGGACGGAACUGAGCUCAACGGACGCCGGAUAAGAUUAGUGGAGGACCGCCGUUCUUCUCGCCGCCGUACUCGCUCUUCCUCCAGUCGCUCGCGUAGCCGUUCGCGUGAUCGUCGUCGCAGCCGUUCCAGCCGUUCAAGGUCCAAGUCCCGCCCGAAGAGCAAGAGUCCAGCGCCUAAAUCACGCUCUCGAUCCCGUUCAAAGGACGCCAGUCGUUCCAAGUCGCGGUCUCGCUCGGCCUCACGUAGAUCAGACCGCCGCUCGCAAUCCAGGAAGCCUGGCGACCGGAAUGGACACCGUUCAGCAUCUAGAUCCAAGUCCCGUUCGCCGAAAGCAGAGUCCAAGGAGAGAUCGCGUUCACGUAGCAAGGAGGCAUCGCCCAAGCGUGAAGAGGAACGUCGCGCCACCAAGUCCCGCUCCCGGUCCCAAUCUCGUUCCCGAUCACGUGACCGGUCCGGUUCCCGCGAGCAGUCCGCGUCCCGCUCCCGUUCUCGGUCACCGCGCCAAAAUGGCGACGGACACGAUCGGGCCAGUACGGACCGCUCCCCCCGUAGUGGGGAAUAGGGACUUUAGCGUGUUAGUUUUAAGAUAUCUGCUAGAUUUUAUGUCUAUAGUUUACAUGAUCCGACUACGAUCGGCUCUCGAUCUCUGUCUGGGUCCCAUGGACCUAGAAAUAAUAUGAAAUGCAGGGCAUGAUAACGUUAACAAAUUCACUAACUGAAUACCGGUUUAAAAAAAAUGUGGUUGGCAACACUAUACGAGUACUUUUAGUACUAACAACAUUUUUCAUUGUAAAUAAAUUCAACAUGCAACAAAAUCACCACACUAAUUAUUAACUAAUAGUUAAUAAUAUUGAACAAUCUUUAGUGUAUUGUUUAGAAUUAGUACUUAUUAGGCAUACAAUCUUAUUCAUAACUAGCAGGUCAGUAACGUUGCUGAAUUUUUAAUGUUAUUUAAAGCCCUAAAUAAAAUAAGUAUCAUUUCCGAGAUAUCUCUCACCUCAAUUUUUUUAAAUGCUAAUUAAAGAGUUGUAAUAAUAUUUACAUAAAAAAUAAUCUAAGGUGGAUAUUAAGACUAAAAAGUUUCAGGGGGAAUAAUGUUAUUUUUCAAUAUAAUUAAAACCAUGUAUUAUACCUUGAUUUUAUUAAAAACUUUUGUUUGUAUAUUAUGAAUAAUUGAAAAGAAUUGUAUUUUUAUUUUCAAGGUUAAAAACCGGAGAUAUCUCUGAAAUAGAUGAAACUUAAAUAUUUAUGUUAGGAAAAUUGUGUGAUGGUUUUUCAUUCGUUUUGUCUAUAUUUUAAAUAUAACUUGACCAACAUAGUCUUGACUAGUUUUUUUUAUUUGAAGAUAUCGCACGCCUAAUAAUUAAGCUCGUACUAAACGGACUUAAUGGCGUUAAUUUUAAAGUCGCUUCUUACCAAAAUGUAUUAGGUAACGCAGUUUCUUGUUAAACGUGUAGUCUUUAGUUUUACUUACAUUUCAGGGUCCAUGGCUACUAAAUAAGUAGGCUUUCGGUAUUCGGAGUCAAGUGUAAUAUACAUCUAAGAAUUUUGAAGUUUCAUAAUGUUUGUCAAUCAUUUUGUUCAUCAUUAACGACAUAUUUUUCGUCGUUCACAAUAUGACUUGCAGGGUACCUAUGUGGCUAUCCUAAUAUAAUGAUUUGUGAAGUUGAAGUGACAUAUAGAUUCUUCACAAUUAAGUUUAUUAUUAUAAACACAUACUUUACAGUAAAUAAAACAGUCGAAAUGAAUUUUAAAAUGACUAGUUACUUGUGUAAUUUAAAAAUCGCCGCAUUCAUGAUUUCAUACUGUAAAAAAACAUUAGAAAUUGUUGCGACAACCCUAUACAAUAGGUAUGUGGUAUUUUUGUAAAUACUGGAUUUUGUUACUAAUUACCAAAUAAAUUAAUUAAGAA